CGGGCCGGCGGAGGGCGGUGGCCGGCGGGGGCGGGGGCAGGGGCAGGGGCGGGGCGGGGCGGGGCCGGCCUCUGGCUCCUUUUUCCUCUGCAUGUGCCGGCGGCCGCCGAGCAGCUCCGUGCGCGCACCCCGGGCCGCUCUCCGCGGCCGUCCUCGCGUCGCCCGAGCCAUGGCGUUCUCCGAGACCAACCCGGCGGCCUCCUCCCUGCCCAACGGCGACUGCGGCCGCCCCCGGGCGCGGCCCGGAGGGAACCGGGUGACGGUGGUGCUCGGCGCGCAGUGGGGCGACGAGGGCAAGGGGAAGGUGGUGGACCUGCUGGCGCAGGACGCCGACAUCGUGUGCCGCUGCCAGGGAGGAAAUAAUGCUGGCCAUACAGUUGUUGUAGAUUCUGUGGAAUAUGAUUUUCAUCUUUUACCCAGUGGAAUAAUUAAUCCAAAUGUUACUGCAUUCAUUGGAAAUGGUGUGGUAAUUCAUUUGCCCGGAUUGUUUGAGGAAGCAGAGAAAAAUGUUCAAAAAGGAAAAGGUCUAGAAGGCUGGGAAAAAAGACUUAUCAUAUCUGACAGAGCUCAUAUUGUAUUUGAUUUUCAUCAAGCAGCUGAUGGUAUCCAGGAACAACAGAGACAAGAACAAGCAGGAAAAAAUUUGGGUACCACAAAAAAGGGCAUUGGCCCGGUUUAUUCCUCCAAAGCUGCUCGCAGUGGACUCAGGAUGUGCGAUCUUGUCUCUGACUUCGAUGACUUCUCUGAGAGGUUCAAAGUUCUGGCUAACCAGUACAAAUCUAUAUACCCCACUUUGGAAAUAGACAUUGAAGGGGAGUUACAAAAACUCAAGGGUUAUAUGGAAAGGGUUAAACCAAUGGUGAAAGAUGGAGUUUAUUUCCUCUAUGAGGCCCUACAUGGACCACCAAAGAAGAUCCUGGUAGAAGGUGCAAACGCAGCGCUGCUAGACAUCGACUUUGGAACUUACCCUUUCGUAACCUCUUCAAACUGUACAGUUGGAGGUGUUUGUACUGGAUUGGGUAUGCCCCCUCAAAAUGUUGGAGAAGUGUAUGGAGUUGUGAAAGCUUAUACAACUAGAGUUGGUAUUGGUGCCUUUCCUACAGAGCAAGACAAUGAAAUUGGAGAAUUGUUACAAAUGAGGGGUAGAGAAUUUGGCGUAACUACUGGAAGGAAAAGAAGAUGUGGCUGGUUGGACCUCGUUUUGCUCAAAUAUGCUCAUAUGAUUAAUGGAUUUACUGCGUUGGCACUUACCAAAUUGGAUAUUUUGGACGUGUUUACGGAAAUCAAAGUUGGAAUUGCGUACAAAUUAUUUGGUGACAUCAUACCUCAUUUCCCAGCAAACCAAGAAGUCUUAAAUAAAGUUGAAGUUCAGUAUAAGACUCUCCCAGGAUGGAACACAGACACAUCAAAUGCAAGGACAUUUAAAGAACUACCUGUUAAUGCACAAAAUUAUGUUCGAUUUAUUGAAGAUGAGCUUCAAGUUCCAGUUAAAUGGAUUGGCGUGGGUAAAUCCAGGGAGUCCAUGAUUCAGCUCUUCUAAGGAUUUCCAGUGACGGAGGAAACACUCCUUGAUGGGGUGAAAAGGACUUUCUUCACUAUUUUAUUUGUGAUCUACACAUUUCAAGAAUAAAGACGUUAAAGUGAGUUUUAAGCCCUCCAGUUGUUUCCAGUCUUUUAAGGUGGCUGGCUGGUGCGCAGAGAAGCUCUGGCAUGUUCCGGGCCAGCUUCCUCGGCUGGCAUCAUUGCUGAGUCGUUCGCUGCUCCUGCUGCUCAUGGUGCCACGUGUUCUUUUAAUGUUGAGUAAUGGUAUAAUCCAUGUUGUUUGGAAUCUAAAGUAGAAUUACUUCCAAUGUGGGUUUUUUUUCAUUAUUGUCAUUACGUGUUCCUAAGUUUUACCUCUGUUAAAUGGUAAGAACAAUUAAUGCAGUUUUGCACAAAUGUUUUUACAUUCUGAUCAUUCAGUCUUGUCAUUGUAAUCUUUGCUGUUAGGGAGAAUGAUGAAAAGAGAAAUUCUGUAAACUUUUGUAAUGCUGUCAAUUCUGUUUAAAUUGCAAACUGUUUAUUUUCUGCUGAGACCAUUUCAAAUUUGAACUGUGGCAGGGGGAGGGGGUUAUAUUCAUGAGUCCUUUAAUUUGUACAGAACACAAAACUUAUUUAAAACAAUUAGUCAUUAAAAGAUCUGUUGUGAUAUUUGGGAGAUAUUUUUUUUUAGUUUCCGACAUGAACUCUGAAAUGUGUAGCUUUCUUUUUUAUCUUACCAGUAUUUUCAAAUCUAGUGGAUUGAUUUUUCAACAUCGUGCCUGCCAGUAUGCCUACAAAAUCCUCUAUAAGUGUCCACAUGAACCCAAUUAUUGUUCAUAAUUUUGAUUAUGCCUUUAUUUCUCCUUUCUUGCCAAAAAGGAGGUGUUAUUUUGACAAUUAGGCUUAACGUAUUGUGUUGUAGAUUAUCCUUCAAUGAACUAUUUUAAAUGUUUAAAUUAGGUGCCACUUUAUUUUAUUAUACCAUCAAUAGCUAAUUAAAAAGAACCAAAUAUUUCUAU